AUGAGCGGAGCAUCCACCGUGUACCUGCAGGUUCUAGACCCGACCUGGAUGGCCCACUUGUCUCCCAUGAGCCGCCUCCUGAUCGUGGUCGGCUUGACCAGCGUGGGCGCCGACAACGUGCGCUUCGUCGACGCGGACCGGGCGUCGUUUUCCUACACCAGCGGCGACCCCGAGCAACCGGCGCAACAACCCCGCAUCAGCAGCACUCGGACAGCGGGAGCAGAAGAAGGCGGCGGCGAGGAGGAGGGUGUAAGCGAGAAGUCGGGUGGUGGUGGUGGUGGUGGUGGUGCUCGAAGGCGGCGGCGCCGGCUGCAGACGGCGGGAGAGCUGGGGGAUGGGGAGCAGCAGCAGCAGCAGCAGCAGCCGCGACCGGGACAAGUUGGUCUGCUAGAGUUCGACCCGAGAGGCAGAGGCAGCGAGUUCGUCCUGUCCCCGGCCCUGUCCCUCCCCGAACGGCUGACGGUCACGGCGGACGUGGUGUCUCCCGCGUACAACCCGCCGGCUGCCGCUGCUCCUGCCGAGAGCGGGGACGAUCAGCAGCGGCCGGGGGCGGCGCAGACGGGAGGGGCGCCGCCGGUCACGAGGGCUGUCAGGGGGGGACGGGCGGGCGUCUCCAGCGGCGGGCAGCAGGGCGAGGAGACAAGCGCGCGGGAGCCGGUCUGCGUAAAGUACCUGGACACGGUGGGCGAGUCGGUGGUUCAGCGGUCGGAGUGGUUCCCCAGCCCCGAGGACGCAGCGUCGCUUCGGAGAGCGAUAGACGCCUACUGCCCGCUCUCGUUCCUCAGAAGCGAGGAGGGGGAGGGGGAGGAGGAGGGGGUUCGGAGGGUGCUGCUGUACCAGCGUGACCAAAACCGACAGAUCUUGCACGCGGACAAGGUGGUCGAGGAUCUGCAGGAGAGGCUGGGCGGCGGCUGGAUAGUGGAUAUGAUGAUGCACGAUUCCGACAGACAUCCCUGCGAGUUAGUGGAAACCCUGGCCGGUGUGGACGUGCUCCUCACCCCCCACGGCUUUCAGUCGAUGCUGGGGCUGUUCAUGCGACCGGGCUCCCUGCUGUUCGAGGUAUUCCCGCAGAAGUACUUCAAGGCGGGGUACGCUCCCAUGGCGGAAGGGCUGGACGUCAGUUCAAGGAGCGAGCGCGAAGGAAAAACCAACUAGACAAAACGACAUCUAUAUAUCCGUUGGAAUAGAUUCGUUGGCAAGGGUUUGAGCCGCGGAGGUUGUGGUGUGUGUGUGUGUGUGUGGGGGGGGGGCAUACCCCAAGACAGGUGGUAUUUUCCGCGUGGCCCCCUGCUGGAGCGCCAUGCAAAACAUUCGUAUUCGUCCUUGCGGGUAGAGCAGGCUGGCUAACUUAACUACUGCUGUACAUUACGAGAUUCCUGUUAGUUUGUAAUAUACGUGCACUCUUACUGGUGUGUUGGAAAAUCACCCCCACGAACGAAAGGCUGGACUCGUGCCCUACGCCCUAAAAAAACAACAAAAUAGCGGCCGUUUUGAACGUGCGUCGUGGUUUGGUCUUGUGCCUUGCAGGCAACAGAUGCCCGUGACACACAAGAUUGAUUUUUUUGCGUGUUUGUAUCACGGUGGGUAGGGGGAGAGUCCCGUUGGACUGGGACACAGUAGGGGGUAUGCUGUUUCAUGUUGUUGUUUGUUUGAUUUUGUUGAAUUGGUUAAUCGCGUGUGUGAGAGGUCUGCGAUAGUCAGGUGAUCGUCCACGUUUGUUGUGUGCUGUGGACGGGGGGGUGACUUGAUUUAUGGUGAACCAACCGGGCGUGCGGGAGGCUGAGAACGCGGAGACAUGCGUCGAUCGCUCGUGUGGGUAAUGGUUUAGAAGCUCGAAAUGCUACACCACGAAAACGUUGCGUUGACCGCCGUGCUGAGCUCUCGGUCUGGCGCUGCAAUUGGAUGCUAACCAGGCGCCGGGAGGGGAGGGGGGGUAGGGGGGGGGGCUUUCGUCCCUUUUUGCCGACAGAUGAAUUGCGACCCUUCUCGAGCAAGGGUUAGGUGAUUUUGCUGACGUCCUGUUGGCGUCUGGCGUGUUCCUUGAGAUCUUUGGCACGGCCGGAGAAGACGUUGAAACCGUAGCGUGAAACCGUAGAUACCGUAGACGGUGGUUGUUCCCGGUGUGCCGCCGUGUUCCGCCAGAAAGCAGCAAGGGUUAUCGCUUUUUGUCUGGGGGAGGCCCAUUUUCAGAGCAGGUUGUCUUGCUGGCGGGGCGUGUGGUUGACUACAAGGGUAGUCAGCAAACAACGACGUGAUUGGGGCGACGCUGAUAUUUUCUCCGAGGGUAACCUCUUGUGUUUGUUGGCCUUGCUCGGCCGGGCAUGAGGUCUGUCGAGUAUUUGUCGUGGAGUUGGGGCACAACGAUGUGGUGGUUGGGGGGGGGGGGGGGGGCUCAUUUUGGUUUUUGGUCUCGAUGUAUAAAGCGGUGGAGUACAUACGCGAGCCUCCCUCUGAGAUUUUCUUCACUUGCUAUUAACGAGACGGUGUGAGUACGCUAAGAGUGUUUUGUAUUGUAGCGGUUCUACUGACGACUGGACUGGUCUCCGCUAUUGCUUUUGAGGUUUUGUGAGGUUCGAAUCCACCGCCAGUUAGUCAUGCUUUUUCGUACACAAAGUAGGCAUGCGUUUGAUCUGGGCGAUUACCUCGCACGCUUAGCGAAAAGCAAAUAUUCCGCGCUCUCCUUGUUGUUGUGCCGCAGCGGCGUGGUUUAUUUCACGGGCUAAGUAGAAUCUCGAGACAAUAGCACACGGGAGAACUCGUCUUAUUUUCUUAUUUUGUUGCUGUGCCUCAUAGAAGAGGCACUGCAGGGUUAGGGUUGUAGCGUUGUCUUCGAGUCUCGUCUGAAAAGAAAGGCGGGUGAUGUAAGCGUGUUGGGAAUGGGAACAAAACGAAAGCUGACGCCGCUGAAGAGGGCAGAAGGUGUCGGCGGAUGGACACCUCUAGACGCGGCACAUCCGAGUCAGUGCUCGUUGGGGUUAUACACGUAUAAUAGCGGUGUCGUAUGUAGCAUUCAGUCUUUAAUAACGCGAAAUAGCUUAGU